AUGAACCGCAGCACCGCGUCCCUUGCUCGAUGCGCGUUCUCGCCACGCGGGACGAGAAGCUCUGCGGUCCCGUUGUUGCGGACCGUGCAGCGGGGCCUGGCAACCGAUGACCAGGGCCAGCCCCUUGGCGGUGGCAUGUUCGAUCACCUCCAGGAAAUCGAGGUGGUGGGUAACUCUCUCAGCAAAUCGGGCGGCAUAGUGGAGGUCACCGCUCGUGGCGGAGAAGUGGUUAAAGCACAAAUCGAUCCUAUCUUGGCGGGAGAUGCGGCAUUGCUGAGUAAGUUGCUCACCCAGGCUGCCCAAGACGCCUAUGACCAGGUCCAGUACGAGGUGAAGCGGAAGCUGGUGGAGGUGUCGAUGCGAGAUCGGCGCAAGCAGCAAAUGAAGGAGAGGGAUCAGAUGGCCAUCGACCUUGAAGCCUUCAAAGAGAAAUAG